UAAAUAAUUUUCACAAAUUUGCGACUAGACAUUCGCAUAAACUGUAUAGAUAUUGACGCACGUACCAUCGCGGUUCUCAACUCAAACUCAUAAACAUCUUAUUAUUAACUGCUAAACGAGAGUUUAACGUCAUGAAAGUUUUAUUUACUUUGGCGUUGUUGAUUGCAGCUGUUUCGGCGUUGCCGCAAUUCGGCUUUGGUCCACCAGGCUUCUAUGGUGGUGGACCUGGCUUCGGUUCACCUGGUUUCGGUCCUCCACCACCCGGUUUCGGCCGGCCUUUUAGAGGCGGAGGCUAUGGUGGAGGUUUUGGCCCUGGUGGAGGCUUUGGUCCUGGUGGAGGUUUUGGCCAUGGUGGAGGUUUUGGCCAUGGCGGCUUCGGUCCAGGCGGUUACGGUAAUCGUGGUGGUGGUGGUGGUGGAAGUGCUUCAUCCUCAGCUUCGUCGAGCGCGAGUUCGUCUGGUGGUGGCGGUCUAGGCGGUGGUUCUUCGUCAGCGUCCGCUUCAUCUUCGGCGUCGUCUUCCUUCGGUGGUGGCUUCCGCGGCUAAGUGUAAUUGAGCAGGGGGAAUUUUAAACUAGAUUUAAGUAUGCAAGAAGGCUGAACAGUAGUAAAUAUAUGAAUGUAAAAAAAAUUUUUUAUUUGUGUAAAAAUUUUAAUAAAAAAUACUCAGAAAUACUCACAAG